AUGCCGGCCUACAACUCCAUGUUCAAUGCCGAUCCGAAUGUCCCUCGCACAAUAGGAAACUUCCCACUCCUGCCGCUGCGCACAAAGACCCGCGGCCCGGCCUACACCCUUCCCUUCCCCAACCCGCCUCUCCCCGCCAACGAGUCUCCCGACCCAGACAGCGAAAGCUACGACAUCCUCGACGAGGUCCUCGCCCUCUUCCGCGCCAACACCUUUUUCCGCAACUUUGAGCUUCAGGGACCCGCCGACCGCCUGCUGGUGUACGGCAUCUGGUUCGUCAGCGACUGCCUGACCAAAAUCAAGCCCAACGCCGGCGUCCGUGAUGCCUCCAAAGAUGUUAUGAACGUGGCCCUCGACACCAACUUUGCCAUCCCUGGCGACCCGGCGUGGCCUUUGAAUCAGAUGUACGAACCCCCUCGCGACAGACAAGACGCCGAACAGCUCCGACAGUACAUGUCUCAAGUCCGCCAAGAAUUAGCAGCCCGGUUACUGGCACGAGUCUAUGAGGAAGGCGGCGAUGGAAAGCCGAGCAAGUGGUGGCUGAGCUUCACCAAGAGAAAGUUCAUGGGCAAGGCGUUGUGA